AUGCCCGCCAAAGCCGAGGCCAGACUAGACUUCGACUCCGACGAAGUCACUUACUCUUUCGGGCGACAGGGAUACGCUCACCGGAUCCUGGAGUCUGGCCGCGUCAACCCAUGCACGCCCUCUGACGGCGGAGGCGCGCGCCAGUAUCGGCGAGACAACGGGCGCGAGUUUGGCCUGGGCGCGGUGGACGUGGUUGUGGCUCACGGCCCACCGCGAGGCGUGCUGGACCGGACGAGCAGGCAGGCUUCACUGCUUCGGGCACAUUGA